AUGCCCUCCCGCCCCACAAAAACCACACCAAAAACCACAUACACAUCCCUGCAAAACUCUACUCUAACCCAACGACACAACGCCAAUCCGCCCCCUCAUAGAGCCAACACCACCCCCCUUUUCAAUAAAGACAGAAAAGAAGAGAUGGAAUUCAAGGAUCUAAGUCGGAAAUCGCAGUGGAUAGCGCUGGCGGUGAUGAGUGGUGCCUGCGCGGCUUUUAACGGGGUAUUUGCGAAAUUAACGACGACAGAUCUCACAACCACAUUCGCAACCCACAUCUCCGCUCUCUUCGGCCUCAAAACAAACUCCACAAUAAUAGAAGCUUUAGUCCGCGGUACAUUCUUCACCCUAAACCUCCUCUUCAACUUCAUAAUGUGGGCCUUAUUCACCAAAGCUCUCGCACGCGGCACCAGCACAACCCAAGUAUCCAUCCUGAACACAUCCACCAAUUUCCUGAUCACCGCUAUACUCGGGUACGUGAUCUUCGCGGAGUCGUUACCGCCGCUUUGGUUUCUGGGUGCGGGGUUUCUGGUCGCGGGAAAUGUGAUUAUUGGACGGAGGGAAGAGAAGGAUGGUAGUGAGGGGGAAGGGAGGGAGGGGAGGAGGAGUGGGGAUGGGUUGGAGGGGGAUGGGUUGUUGGGUGAGGAUGUGGAGUUGGUGGAUGAUGGUGGUGAUGAGGUGGAGAGGGAGAGGGGAGAGGGGAGAGGGGAGAGGGAGAGGGAGAGGGAGAGGGAGAGGAGAGAACGGGAGGUUGAUGAUGAUGUUUUGGAUCUUGGUGAUGAGGGGAGGGGGAGUGAGGAUUUGAUGGAUUUGAGGCGAUGA